AUGGAUAAUAUAAUUUAAAAAGGCAAUUACAUAAUAAAUUUACAGGACGUAGUAGCUUAAGGAGUGAGAGGAACAAUAUUGAAAUGUAAAGAGAGAAAUCGAGACGAAUAAUUAUGUGUGAAAAUAAUUAGCAAGACCCCUAAUUAUGUAAAUUUGGAGAAUGAAAAUAAAGUUUUAAAGAAACUGAGAUAAUAAGAAGAAAAACAUCCAAAUGUUCUUAGAAUAUAUGAUAUCACUGAAGAUGAUAAAAAUUAUUUUGUUUUCACAGAAUUAUGUGAUAUGAAUCUAUAGAAAUUGUUCGAAUAAUAAUAGAAAAGUGAAUGGUUUACAAUAGAGCAAAUAUAAGAUUAUAUUGGUCAGAUAGUAAGGGGAUAUUAAUAUAUAAGAAGCUUAAAAAUAAUUCUAAGAGAUUUAUCGCCAAAAAGCAUCUUAGUUAAGAAACUUUCAAAUAAUAGAAUUUUGUUAAAGGUAUAAAAAAUAUAUAAAAUAAAUAGAUAGCAGAUUUUGGUAUUAGUCGUAUUACUGAAGAUGGAUAUGCAGAAUCUCGAACAGGAAUCCCAUUAUUUGCUGCUCCAGAAAUAUAUCUUAAAUCUGAAAAUUAAUAAAGAUAUAAUGAUUCAUGUGAUAUCUAUUCUGUAAGAAUUAUUCAAUAUUCUUUAAAAGCUUGGAAUUAUUCUCUAUAUAAUGUGUUAUAAAGGACAAAAACCUUACAAAAUAAAUAAUUUUGAUGAUCUAAAAUAGUUCCAUGAAAAAUUGAAAUUAAAUGGUUUUCAAUGUCCGAACAAUGCUUAUUGUCCUUAAGAUAUUCGUAAUUUAAUAGAAAAAAUGAUUAUUCAUAAUUCAGAAGCCAGAUUAUCAUGGGAUUAGUUGGAUAGAAACUUUACUUAAAAAUUUAUAAUUUUACAAGACAUUUAUUUUGUAGAUCUAUCAAAACCUUUUGGUUCAGGAGCAUAAGGAAUAACUUAUGAUGCAUUUAAUUUAUAAACUUAAGAAUAAUUAGUUUGUAAAACUAUUUAAAAUAAAUAUUAUGGAAGUUCAAGAGAAAUCUAAAUUUUUGAGUAAUCUAAAGGAAAAUUUCAUGAUAAUGUAAUCAAAGUUUUUUAAAUUAUUAAAUAAACAGAAUAUACUUACCUAAUUAUGGAAAAAUGUGACAUGAAUUUACAAACUUAUUUUUAAUAGAGAGUUUAAAGUCAAAACUGUUUAUAAACUAGGGAAAUUAUUGAAAUAUUAUACUAAAUAGUAGAAGGAUACUGCUUCCUUAAGAAACUUGGAAUAAUUCAUAGAGAUUUAAAACCAGAGAAUAUUGUAUUAAAAUUGAACUAAAAUAAUGAAUAUAUUGUUAAAGUAUUAUUAUUGUUAAACUAUCAAUAGAUCAUAGAUUUUGGAGUCGGUAAAAUUAUUGGAAAAGAUGUUACAGCUACUGAAGCUGGAACUCCAAAAUAUUCUGCCCCAGAAGUACUAUUAUCAGGAAAACCUUAUGAUUAUUAAUGUGAUAUCUUUUCGGUAUUUUUUACUAUUAAUCUCUAGUUAGGUGUAAUUUUACAUUAUUUAGCAUUUUAAAGAUUUCCUAAAGUUAUCAAUAGCAGAAGUGAUCUUAUUGAAUAUGUCAGAACUUUAGAAUAUCAACCAUUUGUAAGUUCAAAUCACGAGGUAUUAUCCUAAUAAAAUUAGAAUCCUUUAAUCCCUGAACUUAUUAAUAAAAUGUUAGCCUUUGAUCCUGCAAAAAGAAUUACUUGGGAUUAAUUACAAGUUCAUCAAAUAUUUGACAAUGUCAAAUCAAAAUAACCAAAACAAAAUCAAAUUCAAAUUCAAAUACAAAAUCAAAUUCAAAAUCAAAAUCCACCUAAACUUUUAUAAGAGCAAUUUCUCUAAACAAAAUAAAUUCCAUAAUAACCGAUUCCAUAGGGCAAUUCUGAGAUAUAUUUAUAUAUAGCUUCUAUCCAAACUUUUGCAUUUAGAAUAUUUACUCAAUUUGAUGAGUUCUAAAAGGAAAAUUUAACAAUGUAUGAUGAAAUAUUUCUGUUGAAAUAAUUUAUUCUAAGAUUCAGCAUAUUAUGUUUAAUGGCUAUUUAAUAACUAUAAAUUAAUAAUUUUAUUAUUUUAGACGGAGUGGAAUAUAAAAUAAAUUAACUUAAUACCUUCUAAAACUGGUCAAAAGAAUUUAAUUUAAAUUAAUUAAAAGCUUAAAAUAAAGAUAAGUUUGAUAACUUAAAAACAGCAUAAAUCACCAAUAAAACGGAUAUUAUUGUUUAAGGAGAGUAUUUCUUAAUGUAACUUUCUAAUUAGGUGCAAUAAAAUUAAAAUUUUAAUUUUUUGCAAAGUCAUAAAUAUUUUAAUAUGUUUUAUCAACAAAUUAGAGUUGGUUUUUUGAAUUCAAAUUUACCUAUUAAGAAUAAAUUCUUUUUGGAAAAGUUUUCAAUUAUUUUUUUAGAAUAUCCAAUUAAAAAUUAUUCAAUUUUUUAGGAGUAAAAAUUAGAUUAAAAGAUAAACUAAAAAAUAUUUAUUUAAGAAUAAAUGGAAAUCUUUAUUGACAAUCAAUUAAAAAAGAAUUGA